UUAUUUGUUAUUUUCGAUGACAGAAUUACAAAAUGGUUACCUCAAAUAAGUUUUUGAGCUCCCGCGAAAUGUUCCAUUUGGGCAUUUACCUCAAACUUUACAUGCACACGGACGCGGCCGCACACGCGACCUUCCGUCGUCGUGUUAGCGUGUUGCAAGUGCAUCCAAGAAACAACCAAGCGUCGAUUGAGUAUGCAAGGAAAAGGGAUACGGAAAGUGAUGAAAAACUGGAAAAAAUGAAUGCCAAUUUCCACAAGGAGAAGGAGCGUUGGAUUCUGUAUCAAAGAUCAAAAUAUUAUCUAUGCUUUGUCAGAGAUGCUGGAACGUCCUGCAGAUGUCGUCUUUGAUUUUCUCUACUCGCUGACGUUGCAGAACUUUGGCAAGGUCCUAAAUCCAUUGGGGAAUCCAUGGAAUGCGUGUCAUGUGCCGCUGUCGAACUAUGACACGUGCGACUACUUCAAUGGAAUCUUUGACAGCCAGGGCAACCUAAGGAACCCCAACCAUCCCGAUGCGCUCAAGGAACUCAUCCAAAUACAGCAAUCCAUAUUGAGCGAACGUCCUGAUGCGGAUAAUGGGGAACAUGUGGUUCUGUUAGGCGCUGAAAUUACCCUCAAAAACAGGAGAAAUCGUAAAAGCAGAUCAAAACGCGCAGGCAUCGAUCCGAAGAGUGUUGCCCGAAAGAGGAGCAAGGUGAGAGUACAGAAAUCAAAUCAAAGAGCUAUGCAGUUGGCCCAAAGUUUUAAUAUAAUGGCCGAACACUCAAAGUGGUUCAACGAUGAAGCAGAGCCCAGAUCAUUCGCAGACUAUGGUAACUUUUGCUUUACUUUGCCUGUUAAAACUUCAAAAGCCUUUGCACCGAGUGCUGGAAAGCUAAAACCCCCACUGAGAGGUACCAAAGUCCAAAGCGAAGAUCACUUAAAACAAAAAGGCACUCUUCUGGGCAAAGGAGUUAUCGAUGGCGGACUCUUUGGGGCUGGCAGAAGACUAUCGGACACUUUAAAUGUUUCCUUCGACGGAAAUUUGAUCAAGGAACUAAGGAAAAAGUAUGGCAAAGUAAUACCAACCGAUAAGGAGGGUACUGACUUUAGGAAGAAGCUAAAACACGGCUCUUCCACUCGCGGCAAAGAGAUUUUCAUCGCUGAAGAUGAUCCUGACAAAGGUGAUGGGCAGAAACCAAAGACAAAAGAGGCUACCCAUCAACAAGGUGCCACAAAGUUCCAUGAACACCACGAAAAUCGUAAAAGGAAACAACCGGGAAAAUCCGUUUACUACUAAGGAGCACCAAUACCAGUUCUGGUGCACGAACCCUUUGAUACAACCAAAUCCUGGACAUGGCUGAGGCGCCACCCAAAGCAGAAGAGAAUUGGUCCUGGAGGGGAACUAGCAAAAGCCGGUACCAUACAUCGCUAUCGACGUGCUUCCGUAGAGAGGAAAAUGGCCGCUGCCAAGGCCCACAGCUCCGUGCACUCUGUUUAUUCGAAUGUCAGAGAUAGGGCGCGUUCGGGGAGAGUGUGACCAAGGAAAACAAGAGAUCGUCGAUGGAUUCC